CAGUAUACAUGCCCUUUGACCCGCUACUUUUCCAAUCCGCGGAGCAGGCACUACAAUUCCUCUUGUUCCCCCAGCAACCUUCUUUAAUCAUUAUCUUAAUAUGCUCCCUCGUCAUGUGAAUACUAUAUGACAGGUGAAGCUCGUGAGCUCAAUUCCACCUACAGUUCGCAAGAUCCUUUCCACACACCGCCCCCCUCCCCCUCUCGUGGGUGUGCUUUCGAAACCAUUCAGGAGCGCUGAAUAUUUUCUCACUAAGCGGGGACGGCAUGGAUGACCAAUCGUGGACUAACAUAUUCUUUCCUCACUGGCAACCACCAGAUUGGAUUAACUCAGUGCAUGGGAAGAAUCAACACUUCAAACCUUUUCCUGAUCUCCAGAGAAACUGGAUAUUGGGGAGGUUAGUGGCUAGAGGAAGGCGUGCUAGCCAGGACCGAACUCAGGUUCUAUGGCUGCUAGUUCGGUUUGAGAAAAGAUAUACGCGCAAGUGUGUGGCCAAAGUGUUUCCUGACUACACUGCGACGGAUGCACAAUCCCAGCUUCGACGCCUUCCCUCACGCAUCCCUAGAAAGCUGAUGGAUGUUAGAGAUGCCCUCGAUCCAUAUCUUAACGACGCUCGAGCGUUUCAACGCAUUGGUAUAUCGUGUCCAGCUUCUCAAAGGAUAUACUUUCCAGCAUUCUACGGCGUCAUUACCGACCUCAGUGCAUCUAAGUUCACUUCCGGAUAUGUGAACUCUUGAGCUCUUGUUAUCGAGUCCAUCAGGCCUAGGCAUGCAUCAAGGCAGAUUCUAGCGGCAUGCGGAGAAUGUAGCCGCGAGUUCAGGGAUCGGCUCGAAGC